ACAGGAAUAUCCGCACCAUAACUCGAGCCUAUGAUCAUAUUCGGUACAAUCCCGAUAAUUUGCAGACAUCGCCCUAGUCAGAUAGCAUACACGCGCAGAUAAUGGCCUGCACUCUUGUGCUACGUCUUCCAGAUAAAUAAUCAGUAUAUCCUAUCUGAGAUUCAUAGCGUCAGAAGGCGGGGAUUUAGAGCAUGCUAUUAAACAACUCCGAUCGGCCUAUCCCUCAAACUCUGCCUGGAGAGGUUCUUGCGCGUAUAUUCGCUUUGGCGGAGCCGAAAUAUGAGGACUUUGGCGUAUUUCCGGGUAACUUCGAGUAUUAUAGGCAUUUUGCUUGGGUUGAAGACAUGUCCCUUAUCUGUUGCCACUGGCGGAACACGUUUGUCCUGUCUCCAGAGUUAUGGACUACGAUCAUAUGGCGCCCUCCACGCAAGAAAUUCAUAAGAGCGGCACUUGCGAGGUCCGGAAAUCAUCCUUUGCGGGUGUAUGCGCUUUCUUCCAUGGAAGACGAAGGAAGCCCUGAAUGGGACGUGGAACGUGACGAGGAUGAAAAGCUGGACGCUGCUGCAUCCUCUGAUUUGUACAAGAUGCAGCCCAGGAUAUCCUAUCUCAUCAGGUACAAGGACUGGGAUCCACCAAACCCUCCGGUGAUGUCGAGAAACUAUUACGAUCCGGAAGACUUCUUUAAGGACAUCGCACAGCAUAUCAGACGAGUCAAAACGUUCCAUCUCACGCUCCCUGGCGUCCAACUCCGCAUGCUUUUGAAGAUUUUCACUACUGCCGCACCUCAGCUCGAAACUUAGACUCUGGGAACCUCUUUGAGACAGCGGACCUGGUACAUGAAACAGAAGCUCGUUCCUCGUCUUUUCUCAGGACAAGCCAACUCGCUACGCCAAUUAUCAUUGACC